CUGAGAUAGGGUGACGGCCACUUCCCCAGGAAGAGUGGUGGACAAGCACCCAGAGACGACCCACGUUUCCUUUCUGCCUGGGCAUCGAAACCUUAGUGUUGUUAGCCGGCUUAGACAUCCCCUCUGAACAUUUCUGUCAAAGGUUUUCUUCUGAAAACUUAGCCUGUAAAAUAAACAUAUAAGGAAAAAGGUCAAGAAACUUUGGGGGUAGCCUUGCAGCGACAGUACUUCAAGAUCGAGGAACUGCAAAAAUAAUGAACAUCUGUUUACAUGUGUCAACUUAAGACUCAGCUUCUUUCUGUAAUACAAGAUUGACCUCAUUUACUGGUGAAUGUGAAAUUCUAAAUACAUAACUAUUUCCUCCUAAAGCCCACCGACCUUUCUGGAAUAUCUUGAACCCUCUUCUGGAAAGGGGUGCCUAUCAUUGCUUUAUGGGGCAGCAGCCUGGAAAAGUUCUUGGGGACCAGAGGAGGCCAAGUUUGCCUGCCCUGCACUUUAUCAAGGGCACAGGGAAGAAGGAAUCUUCCAGGCAUGGGGGUCUACACUGCAAUGUUUUUGUGGAACAUGAAGCCCUUCAGCGGCCAGUGGCCUCUGACUUCGAGCCCCAAGGCCUGAGCGAAGCUGCACGCUGGAACUCCAAGGAAAACCUUCUUGCUGGGCCCAGCGAAAAUGACCCCAACCUUUUCGUUGCACUGUAUGAUUUUGUGGCCAGUGGAGAUAACACUCUAAGCAUAACCAAAGGUGAAAAGCUCCGAGUCUUAGGCUACAAUCACAAUGGGGAGUGGUGUGAAGCCCAAACCAAAAAUGGCCAAGGAUGGGUCCCAAGCAACUACAUCACCCCAGUCAACAGCCUGGAGAAGCACUCCUGGUACCACGGGCCCGUGUCCCGCAACGCGGCCGAGUACCUGCUGAGCAGCGGGAUCAACGGCAGCUUCCUGGUGCGGGAGAGCGAGAGCAGCCCCGGCCAGAGGUCCAUCUCGCUGAGAUACGAAGGGAGGGUGUACCACUACAGGAUCAACACUGCCUCGGAUGGCAAGCUCUACGUGUCCUCGGAGAGCCGCUUCAGCACCCUGGCAGAGCUGGUUCACCACCACUCCACCGUGGCGGACGGGCUCAUCACCACGCUGCACUACCCCGCCCCCAAGCGCAACAAGCCCACGGUGUACGGCGUGUCCCCCAACUACGACAAGUGGGAGAUGGAGCGCACGGACAUCACCAUGAAGCACAAGCUGGGCGGCGGCCAGUACGGGGAGGUGUACGAGGGUGUGUGGAAGAAGUACAGCCUCACCGUGGCUGUGAAGACCCUGAAGGAGGACACCAUGGAGGUGGAGGAGUUCCUGAAGGAGGCUGCGGUGAUGAAGGAGAUCAAGCACCCCAACCUGGUGCAGCUGCUGGGGGUCUGCACCCGGGAGCCCCCCUUCUACAUCAUCACCGAGUUCAUGACCUAUGGGAACCUGUUGGACUACCUGCGAGAGUGUAACCGGCAGGAGGUGAGCGCCGUGGUUCUGCUCUACAUGGCCACGCAGAUCUCGUCCGCCAUGGAGUACCUGGAGAAGAAGAACUUCAUCCACAGAGAUCUGGCUGCCCGGAACUGCCUGGUAGGGGAAAACCACUUGGUGAAGGUGGCUGACUUCGGCCUGAGCAGGUUAAUGACGGGGGACACCUACACCGCCCAUGCUGGAGCCAAGUUCCCCAUCAAGUGGACCGCGCCCGAAAGCCUGGCCUACAACAAGUUCUCCAUCAAGUCCGAUGUGUGGGCAUUUGGAGUCUUGCUUUGGGAAAUUGCUACGUACGGCAUGUCUCCUUACCCGGGAAUUGACCUGUCCCAGGUGUACGAGCUGCUGGAGAAAGACUACCGCAUGGAGCGGCCCGAAGGCUGCCCCGAGAAGGUCUACGAGCUCAUGCGCGCCUGCUGGCAGUGGAGCCCCUCUGACCGGCCAUCCUUUGCUGAAAUCCACCAGGCCUUUGAAACCAUGUUCCAGGAAUCCAGCAUCUCAGAUGAAGUGGAGAAGGAGCUGGGGAAGCAAGGCGUGAGGGGGGCUUCGGGCACCGUGCUGCAGGCCCCGGAGCUGCCCACCAAGACCAGGACCUCCCGGAGAGCCGCUGAGCACAGAGACACCGCUGACAUCCCCGACACGCCCCACUGCAGGGGCCAGGGAGAGACCGAGCCGCUGGACCACGAGCCUGCCGUGUCUCCUCUGCUCCCUCGCAAAGAGCGCGGGCCCCCCGAGGGCGGCCUCACCGAGGACGAGCGCCUCCUGCCCAAAGACAAGAAGACCAACCUGUUCAGCGCCCUGAUAAAGAAGAAGAAGAAGAUGGCGCCGGCCCCGCCCAAGCGCAGCAGCUCCUUCCGGGAGAUGGACGGGCCGCCGGAGCGCCGGGGCACCGGGGAGGAGGACAGCCGGGAGGUCAGCAACGGGGUGCCCGCGCUCGCCCCCUCCGAGGCAGCCGAGGCCACCAAGUCCCCGAAGUCCAGCAACGGAGCCGGGGUGGCCAACGGGGCCUUCCGGGAGGCGGGGGGCCCGGGCUUGCGGUCCGCGCACCCGUGGAAGCCCGGCAGCACGCUGGCCGGCGGCCGGCCGGCGGCCGGGGAGGAGGAGGGCGGCGGCGGCGCCAGCAAGCGCUUCCUGCGCUCCUGCUCGGCCUCGUGCGUGCCCCACGGGGCCAGGGACACGGAGUGGAGGUCGGUCACGCUGCCUCGCGACCUGCAGUCCGCGGGGCGGCAGUUUGACUCGUCCACGUUUGGAGGGCACAAGAGCGAGAAGCCCGCGCUGCCCCGGAAGCGGGCCGGCGAGCCCAGGUCGGACCCGGGGGCCCGGGGCACCGUGACGCCGCCGCCCCGGCUGGGGAGGAAGGGCGACGAGGCCGCCGACGAGGUGUUCAAGGAUGCGGCAGAGCCCAGCCCCGGGUCCAGCCCCCCAACCCUCACCCCCAAAGUCCUGCGCCGCCAGGUCACCACGCCCCCCGCCGGCCUCCCCCACAAGGACGGUGCCUCGGGGACCCCCGCUGCGGCUGAGCCAGGGCCCCCCAGCAGCAGGGCAGGUGCCGGGGGCCCCAGCAAGGCGCCCCCAGAGGAGUCCCGAGUGAGGAGGCACAAGCAGUGCUCCGACUCGCCCGGGAGAGACCGGGGGAGGCUGUCCAAGCUCAAGCCCAGCCCGCCGCCGCCGCCCGCCGCCUCGGGGAAGGCCGCGAAGCCCACGCACAACCCCGGCCACGAGGCCAGAGCCACAAGCCCAGCGGCCGACGCCGUGAACAGUGAGGCCGCCAGGCCCAGCCAGCAGGGAGAGGGCCCCAAAAAGCCCGCGCCCCCGUCCGUGCCAAAGCCCCAGGCGGCCGCCAAGCCGCCGGGAACGCCCACCAGCCCGGCCCCCGCGCCCGGCGCCCCGCCCGCCACCCCGGCGCUGGCGGGGGACCAGUCCUCCGCCGCCGCCUUCAUCCCCCUCAUUUCCACCCGCGUGUCCCUGCGGAAGACGCGGCAGCCCCCCGAGCGCCUCGCCAGCGGCACCGUCACCAAGGGCGUGGUGCUGGACGGCACCGAGGCGCUGUGCCUGGCCAUCUCCAGGAACUCGGAGCAGAUGGCCAGCCACAGCGCCGUGCUGGAGGCCGGCCAGAACCUCUACACGUUCUGCGUGAGCUACGUGGACUCCAUCCAGCAGAUGAGGAACAAGUUCGCCUUCCGCGAAGCCAUCAACAAGCUGGAGAACAGCCUCCGCGAGCUGCAGAUCUGCCCCGCGCCCGCCGGCAGCGGCCCGGCCGCCACGCAGGACUUCAGCAAGCUCCUCGGCUCGGUGAAGGAGAUCAGCGACAUCGUGCAGAGGUAGCAGAGCCGGCGCCACGCCCGCCACAGCCGCCCGCGGCCCCGUGACCCGCAGGGCCCGGCCGCGCGAGCCCCGGAGCCCCGCAGCCCCGCCACUACCUACGCCGCGCACCGGCCCGGCCCGGCCCCUGCGCUGCCCGGGCUGCGUUGGAUCUGUGGAGCCCCCGGCCCCCCACCCAGCUGCCAGGCGACUCUCUCCCCUCCCCCUGGCUUCAACCCCCCACCUCGAAGUGCCGCCCCAGGGCUGCCCUCCCCUGCCUGGGCAUUGCGCCAGCGGGCCCCUCCCGUGAAGGACAGCUGUAGGUUUGAGGGGCCCGGGGUGCUAAGGCCCCCCUUAGCCCUCGGGCCGAGGGCGGAGCAGCCGUGACCAGCACCCGUCCUCUCGUGGGACCCGCACUGUGAAUCCUGGAUAGAAAGCUUGAGUCGGGGGUCGGGCUGGCGGGUGCGGGCCAAGCUCACCUGGCCACCAGGGACCUGUCCUUGCGCAGCCGGGGCACCCAGAAAGGUCUGGACCUCUGGCCCAUCCCCCAGCCCCCCCAGCUCUAAGAUGAAGCGGGUUCCUGCCGUGCCCUCGGGGGGCUCCUGGAGCCCCGGGCCCCCGGCACUCGGCUCUGCACGGAGCAGUGGCGCAGGAACAGCACAGAGGCGGCGGGACGGUGGCUCCGGGCCCUGGCGCUGUGGCAGCCCCGGGAGCCCACGCGGAGCCUCGGGCUUCUCGUGGGUCGUUAGGGUGUGCGGGGAAAACCACAGACACACGAAACCCCAGGAAGUAUUCACACAGGCCUAGACCAGUCAGGACCAGAUCUGAGGGCAGAGACUGACCUGCCGUGACCCAGAGCGGCCUCCGCGUGGGCAGGGGCUGGAGGUCCUGUCACCUCGGGCCUCCCACACCGGCCCGCCCUUCGCUGUCCACCCUAAACUCCUAGGCCGCUGUGCUAGACGAUCCCCGCCCGUCACCUCUGCCCCGAGGCAGCAGCACCAACCACACCCCAGCGGCCUUGCAGACACCGCCAGAUGCCCCCCGGGUACCAGACGCCCCCCACCCAACAGCCAUGUCCCCCAGGUACUGGUCUCUUGUUAACACGACGUGCCACUAUAUUUUGCAUUUAUACUUUGGUAUUACACUCUUUUAUAGACGUGCUCUUUUAUAAACGGUGUGUAAAUAGUGUCCCACUGAGCUCCCUUCUGGAAUGCGCCGCGUCCCCUUCCUUUCCUUGGUCCGUACAUUUUGUUCCUGUAUAUGACUGUGUUUUUGAAUUCAAAUCUCCCUCGGUAGUAUUUUUUGAAUAAAUAAGUUUACAGAAU